GCGGGGGAAGAUGGCGGCGGCGGGCCGGUGGCGGGCCGGGCUGGCCCUGCUGGCCGUGCUGCUGGGACUCGGCGGGACGGCGGCCGAGCAGACCGAGGAGCACCUCAAACGCGAGCACUCGCUGUCCAAGCCGUACCAGGGUGUGGGCUCGGCCAGCUCGGGGCUCUGGGACCUGCUGGGCAACGCCAUGGUCAUGACCCAGUUCAUCCGCCUCACCCCCGACGUGCAGAGCAAGCAGGGAGCCGUGUGGAACCGAGUGCCCUGUUACCUGCGGGACUGGGAGAUGCAGGUGCACUUCAAGAUCCACGGGCAAGGCAAGAAGAACCUCAACGGGGAUGGAUUCGCCAUCUGGUACACCAAGGACAGGAUGCAGCCGGGACCUGUUUUUGGGAGCAAGGACAACUUCCUGGGACUAGGAGUGUUCGUGGACACGUAUCCCAACGAGGAGAAGCAGCAGGAGGCUCAGAAGAGGAGGUACAGCCCUGGAAACCAGCGCGUGUUCCCCUACAUCUCGGCCAUGGUGAACAACGGCUCGCUGACCUACGACCACGACAGCGACGGGCGCCCCACCGAGCUGGGCGGCUGCACGGCCAUGGUGCGCAACCUGCACCACGACACCUUCCUGGUCAUCCGCUACGUCAAGAGGCGCCUCACGGUGCUGAUCGACAUCGACGGCAAGCACGAGUGGCGGGACUGCAUCGACGUGCCCGGCGUGCGCCUGCCCCGGGGCUACUACUUUGGGACAUCCUCGGUCACUGGGGACCUCUCAGACAACCACGACAUCAUCUCGCUGAAGCUGUACCAGCUGACGGUGGAGCGGACGCCGGAGGAGGAAAAACGGGAUCGGGAGGUUUUCCUGCCCGUGGUGGACAACCUGAGGCUGCCGGGAAUGGAGGCGCCGCUGGAGCCCAUGAGCGGCCUGGCCCUGUUCCUCAUCGUCUUCUUCUCGCUGGUGGCCCUCGCCUUCUUCGCCAUCGUCAUCGGCAUCAUCCUCUACAACAAGUGGCAGGAGCAGAGCCGCAAGCACUUCUACUGACCCCAGAGCCCUGGGGCGGCCCAGCCCGGGCUGGGCGUGGCCACAGCCCCAUUGCCACCGUGCCAGGGUGCCAGGGACCCCCAAAGGACGGUGCCAGCCUGGCUGAGGAGUGCUGGAACGUUCCCUGGCAGAGACUUCCCAGCGCUUCUCCAUCGCUGUGGCCACCUGAGACUUCCCAGUUGCCACCAUCUGGCUGUGGCCACCAGAACCCCCCCUGGAGGAGCCCCACUCCAGACUUUUGGAGGCCACAUCCCCAUUGCCACCAGUGCCAGGGUGCCAGGGACCCCCAAAGGACGGUGCCAGCCUGGCUGAGGGGUGCAGAGACUUCCCAGCGCUUCUCCCAUUGCUGUGGCCACCAGAAACCCACCAGAGGAGCCCCACCCUGGCUAGUCCUGGUCACACCCACCUUGCCACCAGGGCAUCAAGGGCCCCCCAAAUCCCUGGCAUGGGGACGGUGCCAACCCAGCUGAGGGGUGCGGAGACUUCCCAGUUGCCACCAUCCAGCUGUGGCCACCAGGACGAGCCCCUGCGGGCGCUGCUGCUGCUGCUUGUCCCGGCUGGAUGAACUGGAAGAGCCCCCUCCUCAAUUCUGGGGGGUCCCCCUCCCCAUUUCCCUGCAUGUCGUGUCCUGGGGCCGCUCCUACCUCGGGCACCGCCAGCCCCAGCGGGUGCCCCGCUUGCCUCGGGGUGCCCUGGCCACUCGGGGGUUGGCAUCGCCCUCCUCGCCAGGAUCCACCAGGAUCCCAGCCCUGCGCCUUCCCAGGUGCUCCCGGGGGCGUUUUGGUGGCCCCAGGGUGGGUUUUGGGUGGGUUUUGGUGGCCCCAGGGCGGGUUUGGGUGAGUUUUGGUGGCCCCAGGGCGGGUUUUGGGUGCGUUU